UCUUUUAUGGUCUUCAGCAAAAUGUCGGACAGAACAAUGGCGGGGCAAGUACUGCUGGUUAUUUGGUUUCUCUCUCUCGGUUCAGCUCUCGGGCAGGUCAGUUACUCCAUUCCUGAGGAAAUGGCGAAAGGCUCUUUAGUCGGUAGCAUAGUACACGAUUUGGGUUUAGAUUUAAAGAGACUGAAAUCUGGUAAAGCUCGUGUUUAUACAGGAGACAGCGCUGAAUAUAUUGAGCUGAAUAAAGACAGAGGAGUCCUCCUUAUCAAAGAGAGAAUAGACCGAGAGGCGCUGUGCGGACAGACAACGCCUUGCGCAUUACAUUUACAGAUUAUUUUGGAAAACCCCAUAGAAUUUUACUCUGUUAAUGUCGAAAUAACCGAUGUAAAUGACCAUUCUCCCUCUUUCAAAAGAGAUGAAAUGAUAUUUAGAAUCAGUGAGUCCGCUGUUACCGGUGCGGUAUUUGAUUUAGAAAGAGCGAUGGAUUUAGACGUCGGAAAUAAUGGUCUGCAGACAUACUCACUAAAACCCACUGAUAAUUUUUUAUUAAAAUUACAAACUCAAUCAGACGGUAGUAAAUUAGUAGAAAUGGUUCUUCAAAAACCGCUCGAUCGUGAAAAGCAAGAGCAUUUGUCUCUGGUUCUGACAGCGAUAGAUGGAGGUGAUCCACAGUUGUCUGGUACCGCGCAGAUACUUAUUACUGUUUUAGAUGUCAAUGAUAACGCGCCUGUUUUUACGCAGAAAAUAUACAAGGCGAGUAUUACAGAAAAUGCUCUCAAAGGUACAGUGUUUACCACAGUAAGCGCCUCUGAUAUGGAUGAGGGCUCACACGGGAAAAUAAAAUAUUUAAUCACAAAUACCCUCGACCCUGUUACGGAAUUAUUUAAAAUUAAUGAGGAAAGUGGGGAGGUUACAGUAACGGGGGUUAUAGAUUACGAGAAAGCUCGGCAUUAUCAAAUUCAUGUACAAGCUGCAGAUGACGGAGGCUUGACAGAUUCUUGUAAGAUUGGUGUAGAUGUGAUUGAUGUGAAUGACAAUAAGCCGCUGAUAAACAUAAUGUCUAAAUUAACAAUCAUAUUAGAAAACUCUAGUUCUAGCACCGUUGUAACUGUAAUAAAUGUGCAGGAUCCAGAUUCCGGAGAAAAUGGAAAAAUACAGUGUUCCAUAAACGAAAACAUUCCUUUUACACUAACGUCGACUAGUAAUAAUUUUUUCAGUUUGGUCACCGAUGGUGAGUUGGAUCGUGAGAGAGAGUCCCAGCAUAAAAUCAGUGUGACGUGCGCUGAUGAGGGCGUGCCCUCUCUCUCCAGCAGCAUCACUCUCUCCUUACAAAUAUCAGAUGUGAAUGAUAACGCGCCUGUCUUUGAGAAAAGCUCUUAUGAUGCAUCUUUUCUCUCUCUCGGUUCAGCUCUCGGGCAGGUCAGUUACUCCAUUCCUGAAGAAAUGGCGAAAGGCUCUUUAGUCGGUAACAUAGCGCAAGAUUUGGGUUUAGAUUUAAAGAGACUGAAAUCUGGUAAAGCUCGUAUUUAUACAGGAGACAGCGCUGAAUACAUCGAGCUGAAUAAAGACAAGGGAGUCCUCCUUAUCAAAGAGAGAAUAGACCGAGAGGCGCUAUGCGGACAGACAACGCCUUGCGCACUACAUUUACAGAUUAUUUUUGAUAAUCCAAUGGAACUGUUUCGAGUAACUAUUGAAAUUACAGACAUUAAUGACAAUUCCCCUAUUUUUAAAAGAAAUGAGAGACGAUUUGAUAUAAGCGAAUCGGCUGUCGUGGGAUCAAAGUUUAUGCUGGAGAAAGCGAUAGAUGCAGACAUCGGUGCGAAUGGCCUGCAAAGUUAUUUUCUACAGCCUACUGAUCAUUUUAAUUUAAAACUUCAUGGUCAGAGUGAUGGUAGUAAAAAGGUUGAAAUGAUUCUACAAAAGCCUUUAGACCGAGAAAAACAGGAGAACAUGUCUCUGGUAUUAACGGCAAUGGACGGUGGAGAUCCACCGAAGUCAGGGACCGUUCAGAUACAUAUAACUGUGAUUGAUGCAAACGAUAAUGCUCCAGUUUUUACUAAACCUAUGUAUAGAGCAAUUAUUAGUGAAAAUUCUGAGGAAGGAAAAUCAGUCAUCUCUGUUAGUGCUUCAGAUUCAGACAAAGGGGCGAAUGGCGAGGUCGGUUACUUAAUUGCGAACAGUGACGGCGUAUCUGAUUUUUUCCAAAUAGAUGAAAAUGGCUUGGUGACGUUAGUAGGAAAACUCGAUUUCGAAACAUCCAAGCAUUACCAAAUUGAUAUAGAAGCAGUAGAUAACGGUGGCCUGUCAGAUUCUAGUAAGAUCAUAAUAGACGUGAUUGACGUAAAUGAUAAUGCGCCCGUCAUCAGUGCGAUGUCAAAAUCUACAGCAAUACCCGAAGAUUCGCCUCAGAGCACAGUGAUUGCUAUAGUCAGUGUUAAUGAUCCGGAUUCCGACAGUAAUGGACAGGUUCAGUGCAUUGUAAAUGAAAAUAUUCCAUUUACAAUUAAAUCAACUUCUAAUGGAUUUUACAGUAUUGUGACAGACGGUGAUUUAGAUCGGGAGGGAGAGUCCCA